CGUGAGCGGCCGGUCCCUGCGCCGCCGCCGCCGCCGCCAUGUCGUCGUUCCCCGAGCUCUACUUUAACGUCGAUAACGGCUACCUGGAGGGCCUGGUGCGCGGCUUCAAAGCCGGCGUGCUCCGGCAAGGCGACUACGUCAACCUGGUGCAGUGCGAGAGCCUGGAGGACUUAAAACUGCACCUCCAGAGCACAGACUAUGGGAACUUCCUGGCCAACGAAGCCUCCCCACUCACUGUCUCAGUCAUAGAUGACAAACUGAAGGAGAAGAUGGUGGUGGAGUUUCGGCACAUGAGGAACCAUGCCUAUGAGCCCCUAGCCAGCUUUCUGGAUUUCAUCACGUACAGCUACAUGAUUGACAACGUCAUCCUGCUGAUCACUGGCACCCUCCACCAGCGCUCCAUCGCCGAGCUGGUGCCCAAGUGCCACCCUCUGGGAAGCUUCGAGCAGAUGGAAGCUGUCAACAUUGCUCAGACCCCCGCGGAGCUCUACAAUGCCAUCCUGGUGGACACUCCCCUGGCUGCUUUCUUCCAAGACUGCAUUUCUGAGCAGGACCUGGAUGAAAUGAACAUUGAAAUCAUUCGAAACACACUUUACAAGGCUUACCUGGAGUCCUUCUACAAGUUCUGCAAGGUGCUGGGAGGUACCACAGCAGAUGCCAUGUGCCCCAUCCUGGAGUUCGAAGCUGACCGAAGGGCCUUCAUUAUCACCAUCAACUCCUUUGGCACUGAGCUCUCCAAGGAGGACAGAGCCAAGCUGUUCCCACACUGUGGCAAGCUGUACCCUGAGGGCCUGGCCCAGCUGGCCAGAGCAGAUGACUACGAGCAAGUCAAAAACGUUGCUGACUACUACCCUGAGUACAAGCUGCUGUUUGAAGGGGCUGGCAGCAACCCUGGAGACAAGACCCUUGAAGACAGGUUCUUUGAGCAUGAGGUGAAGCUGAACAAGUUGGCCUUCCUCAACCAGUUCCACUUCGGAGUCUUCUACGCCUUCGUGAAGCUGAAGGAGCAGGAGUGCCGCAACAUCGUCUGGAUUGCCGAGUGCAUCGCCCAGCGCCACCGCACCAAGAUCGACAACUACAUCCCCAUCUUCUGAGCCCUGCUCUGCCCCCAGCCCACCCUGGGGGCCAGAGGAGCCCCUCUCAGCUCCCUCACUUACCCCUUGCCCAAACUCCAGGCAUGUCCCACCCGUGGCACUGGCUGGGAGGAGGGAGCUGUACAGUCUCUAGUUAAGUUAUUGACGAGCUGAAGUCGUGUGUGCUGGGAGGGCUCCGGAGGGAGCAGUGGCCCCUGUGGAGCAGGAGGGCCUCCUCCUGUCGUGGAUCCCAUAGUCCCCGUGUCGCUGUCCUCAUCUCUUUGUGCUUGUGCUUCUAGAGCAAGCACCAGCAGGGGUGCUGCUGCCUCCCAGGGGUUGCCAGCGCUGCAGAGGAGCAGGUCAGGCCUGCCAUGGCUGAGGGUCCCUCCCUGCCUCCCAGUCAGCGUUGGUGAGUGAGGUUGUGGUUUGCCAGUGCUGUGUAGUAGCCUGUGCUGCUCUGCAGUUCCUCUGCCCUCCUGGAGCUAGCCCUGACCUGGAAGAGCUCAGCAGCCCUGCCUGGGGCAGGUAUGGAGCAGAGAGCAGAGCCCAAGCACCAGUGGAACACAUUUCCCCCCUGCUCCAACUGCCUUUGUGCUGGCACAGCCUUGCUCUGACCUCAGGAGCAGCUCUCAUCAUCUUCCCUCCUGCCCUGCAGCUUGAAAGGCUUCCAGAAGCUGGCCAAGCUCCUUCCUCUCCCUGAAGACCUGCAGCUUGGAGUUUCCUGUCACAACCACACAAGAUUUGGGGCUCCUUUCAGGUGUCCACAUGGUGCUGGACCCCUGCACCACCCUGAGGCUGGCACAAUCUCCCUGGCACAGGAGAUCCAGGCUGGUUCUGCCAUGGAACUGUAUGGGCACAGCUGACCCUGGGGUUUGGCUUCAUUUGCUCACCCUGAGGAGUGCAGCUGUUGGCACAGGUGUCCCACACCCUGCUCACAGGCUCUGCCUGUCUGUGGUGGGAGCCAAGCCCUGGGCAUGGCAUGCCAGCCCUGCUCCCUGCUGCUUCAGGUCCUGUCCAGCUCGAGGUCUGGGAGCUGGCUCAUGGCACUGGAGAAGCCUCCCUGGUGGGAAACACCUGCUCAGUGCUUGCUGCUGGGAGGGGCUGAUGGAGAGUGGCUCUGUCCCAGCUUGUGCUGUGGUCACCUCUGCAGUGUUUGUGCUCCCUCUGUUCCCUCUUCUCCACACUAAUAAAUAUCUGCCUCCUG